AUGGAGAACCUGAGGAAGGUACUGCUGUUGGUCAGCAUGACCACUCUCAUUCCUGCUCUAGUUUUGUCUCAGUCAUCCCUAAGGGAUGGGAAUGCCCUCUAUGCAGCCAUUCACUUCUACAACCAGGUACAUGGGACAGAGAAUGUAUUCAAGGUAUUGGAAGCCCAGCCUCCUCCAUCUAAUGAGGGAGCCCAUGAGCAAAGGCUGAAAUUUCUGAGCUUUACCAUGAAGGAGACUGUGUGCCCAAGGACUAAGGAGCUCCCCUUGGACCAGUGUGACUUCAAAAGAGAUGGGCUGGUGAAGAAAUGUCAAGCCUCUGUAUCCAAUGGACAAGACAUUGCUGCCAUCAUCCUCACCUGUGACCCAGGGGCCCUAUUG